AUGAGAUUCCUGGCAUGUCUUUGGCCGUACGCACUCUUCGGUGCUUUGGUCCAAUCGCUCCAAUGUGCAGAACCACUCGUGCGCAAAGAAUGGCGUUCAUUAUCGAUUGAGGAACGUUCAAACUACAUCUCAGCCGUAAAGUGUUUGCAAGCCAAGGAACCGACUUCGUCCAAAGACACCCUCCCGGGCGCAACCAACCGAUUUGAGGACUUUGUGGGAGACCACAUACUUCAAACUGUGAAGCAGCACUUCACCGGCACAUUUCUUGCUUGGCAUCGACUGUUUCUGUCUGAGUACGAACAAGCCAUACGAGAAUGUGGUUUCGAAGGCGCCCAGCCAUACUGGGACUGGUCUCUCGACGCCGAAGAUCUUGGGGCCUCGGAAGUAUUCGAUCCAGAGUCCGGUUUUGGAGGAAAUGGCGAGUGGGUUCCAGGUACCUUCGAAGACCCCGAAGAAGGGAUUCCCGUCACUGCAGAAGGUGUGCCUGUUUCGUUUGAUGGCCGAACAGGCGGUGGCUGCAUCCCAAACGGGCCUUUCGCCAACAUGACGAUUCACAUGGGCCCGGGAGCCAGCACGACGUACUACGAGUGGUGUGUCAGGCGGGACUUCAUGCCGCAGUUCUUCAAUGAAUCGGCGCAUUCGACCGUGAUUUCGCGGCUGAUGCUCUUACCUGAUUUCGGACAGCUGACCCGUCAAGCCGAGCUCAGCGUCCAUGGUGCAGGACAUCCGGGCGUCGGUGGUUUGUACGGAACAUUGACUGACACCUACUCCAGUCUCAAGCCGGAGAUCCUCUGUUCUAUCUUCAUCAUACCAACCUGGACCGACUUUGGUGGUCAUGGCAGUCAAGGGAUCUGUCCACACGACUGA